AUGAAACUCCUAGAUAACGAGAGCUCGUCCGGUCUGCUCGACCUAUCGCCAGAUGUCCUGCAAGGGCUACAGGACAAGCACCCACAGGCAGCUGAUAUCGCAGAGGAGAGUUUGUUGCAUGGCCCAAUUGAUUAUAUUCCGCCAAAUGUUUAUGACCUUAUAGACGAAGAAUCGAUCUACAACUCGGCAAGUAAAACCAAGGGCUCAGCCGGACCAUCUGGAAUGGACGCAGAGCUGUAUAAGAGAAUCCUGUGCUCUAAGAAUUUCAAGACCGAGGGCAAAAUAUUGAGAGAAGAGCUAGCCGUGUUCACAAGAAAUCUGCUAAGGAAAUCGUACCACCCAUCCUUACUUGAAGCCUUUACGUCCUGCAGGCUUAUCCCGCUUGACAAGAACCCGGGAAUCAGACCAAUUGGUGUUGGAGAGGUACUAAGGAUAAUAGUGGGGAAAACGGUCGGCGGUUUCUUAAAGGAGGAAAUAAAAGAAGCGGCGGGUCCCCUACAAGUUUGCGCUGGUCAUAAUGCAGGAGCGGAGGCUGCGAUCCAUGCAAUGAGUCAAGUGUUUGUUGAAGAAGGAACAGAUGGAAUAUUGCUAAUUGAUGCUAGUAACGCUUUUAACCAAAUGAAUAGGUCAGCGGCCUUACACAAUAUCCAGAUCAUGUGCAAAGAAAUGGCGCUCUAUGUUAUUAACACAUAUAGAAGCCCAUCUAGACUGUUUAUUUGUGGGGGAGGUGAAAUACUUUCUCGAGAAGGCACCACACAAGGAGAUCCGCUAGCGAUGCCAUGGUACGUACAUCCAUAAUGAUACAGAAUUUGAGGGAUCAUUGCCCACUGGUUAAACAGGUGUGGCUUGCAGACGACUCACCUGGAGGAGGGAGUAUAGUGCAGGUAUACAACUGGUACAGGCAAUUGAGUAAGGAAGGUCAAAAGUUUGGUUACCUUGUGAAUGGGACAAAGAGCUGGCUUAUUGUGAAGUCUAGGGAACUAGCGGAGGAAGCAAAGAGGGUGUUUGGAGAGGAAGUCAACAUAACAACUGAAGGUCAGCGCCAUCUGGGAGCAGUUAUUGCGUCGCAAGAAUACAAAGAUCAGUAUUAUGAGGAGAAGGUUCGUGCAUGGAAAGAGGAAAUCGAGCGUCUCUCUGAAAUAGCGAAGAGCCAGCCCCAUGCGGCGUAUAUUGCUUUCACAAAAGGCUACAAGUCGAAGUUCACCUACUUCAUGCGCACGAUUGAAUCGUUUGAAAUUUAUGUCGAUCCAAUCCAGGAAGUGAUUGAAGAUUUACUACUCCCAACUUUGUUCGGUCAAUCAGAGCCUCUCCCUAACGAGGUUCGCAGACUUGCUACCUUAGCAACAGGUCAAGGGGGUCUAGGCAUUCCUGAUCUGAAAUCCGAGGCACCGCAGCAGUUUGCUGCCUCGAGACUAAUAACCACCGCGCACGUAGAUUCUAUUACUUCACAGAGUUCCAUCAUGGUGCCAGGAGAAAGAUCUACGGAGGAGCUAAAGAGGCAUCAACAAUCACUUAAGAGAGCAAGUGCCAAAGAGAAAAUGGAUAGCAUUGAUUCAAGCCUCUCCCCAGGCCUGCUGCGUCUAGUUAAUCAAUCGAGGGACAAGGGCGCACGUUCUUGGCUGAAUGCGAUGCCUCUCGGAGACAAAGGUUUAGCCCUCAACAAGCAAGAGUUCAGAGACUCGCUACGCCUGCGUUAUGACUUGCCCUUAGUCGAUUUACCAAGUCAUUGCAUAUGUGGGGAUAAAUUCACCGUUAGUCACACCCUCUCUUGUAAAAAGGGGGGGUUUGUAGCGCAGAGACAUGACGGUGUACGGAACUUGUUAACGACAUUCAUCAACAAGAUCUGCAAUAAUGUCGAAAUCGAACCACGCCUUCAACCCCUGGACAACGAGCGAUUUCAUUUGAGGAGCGCUGUUACAAGUUCUGAGGCAAGGUUGGACAUCAAAGCGGGAGGUUUCUGGGCAAGAGGAGUUACGGCAUUUUUUGAUGUUAGAGUUACGCACGUCAACUCCAAGUGUUACCAGAGCAAGCCAACAUCGGAAGUGUUCAAAGAGCAAGAAGAAGAGAAGAAGCGCAAGUACCAGCUGCGGGUGUUAGAUGUAGAAAUGGGUUCGUUUACGCCUUUAGUGUUUGGAACCAAUGGCGGAAUGGGAAACGAGUGUCAUCGGUUCUUAAAGCAUCUCGCAGACAAGAUAGCUCAGAAAGACACCGAGCCUUAUCAUGUUGUAAUCACUUGGCUCAGGACACAGAUCUCGUUUGAACUCUUAAGAUCGGUACAUGCUUGCGUCAGAGGUUCGCGAACGCCGUUUCGUAGCAAGAUAGAGCAAUCAUUAGACUGUAAAAUAAAUGCCGCUAGUGCGGAUAUCUGA